AGCCACAGACCUAACUCCACUCCUUUCUUCAUCUCACAUCUUUUCUCCUGUAAAUAUCUCUCACUCUUCCUCCCUUGCCAUACCUCAACCUUCAAUCCAUGGCUGCUCUGUUGGAAACUCUCACGGUUCCUCGCGCCUCCGCGCCCUUGGCUCCGAUCUCUGCUUCUUCCAUCUCCGGUCGCCGGACCUCCGUUCGCUUCUCUGAGUUUAGAGGCCUUAAGAUCCGUUCCUCCGCUUCGCUUGCUUCCAGCUCCAAGCUCUCUUUCCGCGGAGGUCGGAUUGUCUGCGAGGCUCGGAAUACCGCUACUGAGGUUCCUCCUGUUUCUGACGACACAUGGCAAUCGCUUGUCCUUGACUGUGACCUUCCUGUUCUUGUUGAAUUUUGGGCACCAUGGUGUGGUCCAUGCCGGAUGAUCCAUCCGGUUAUUGAUGAACUAGCAAAGGAAUAUGCUGGCAAGCUUAAAUGCUACAAGGUGAACACGGAUGAGUCCCCGUCGAUUGCAACCAAAUACGGGAUCCGAAGCAUCCCAACUGUCAUGAUUUUCAAGAAUGGGGAGAAAAGGGAUGCAGUAAUCGGUGCAGUUCCCAAAUCGACAUUGUGCACCUGCAUAGAAAAGUUCUGUUAAGUUUGCUUGGUGGGAAUUCAGCCCUCAGCAUAUUAUUUAUAUGCAGUAGAAUUUUGUGACACAAUGGCUUUAAAAGACCUGUUAUUGCCCUGUAUAGUUGAAUACUGCUGUGUUGCUGUUCUGUCUAAGGUGACUUUAGUAAUUGCAUAUUCUUUGACGCCUGAACUUGAUAAAUUUUCUUAAAUGGAAAUGACCUUUGUAUA